AUGCAUUCACAACAGACUGUCUGCAUCCAGGCUCACGUGCUCACAGCCGUAACGACAAUCCUGCCAUCGUUCUCAAUGAGAACUCCGGAUUGGCCUCACAUUAGAAAAUUGAGGUUGGCGGACAAUGAUUUCUUGACACCACGACCAGUCAAUUUAAUCAUUGGAGCGGAUUUCUACGGAAGGAUCAUCAAGCCAAAUAUCAUCAAGGGCUCUCCAACAACACCAAUUGCUCAACUUUCCAUUUUUGGAUGGCUCGUCAUUGGCCCAGUCAACGAAUCACAGUCAAACACUCAUUAUUCACAUUUUGCAGUUGCUCAAGACGACCAGAGCAAUCUGCAAGAGCUGCUCACCAAAUUCUGGGUUCAAGAGGAAUCACCAAUGGAUAUUCCAAGCACGCUCACUCCGGAGGAAGAAGAAUGCGAAUCACAUUUCUGUGCGACUCAUUCUCGUGAUCACACAGGAAGGUACAUCGUUCGCAUUCCACUCAAGGCACCAGCAUCGCUCUUAGGCAAUUCACACAAGAUUGCUCAAAGAUGUCUACAAAGCACGUUGCGACGACUCUCCAAGGAUUCAACAUACAACCAGCUCUACGUCGAGUUCAUGAAAGAGUACGAAGGAUUAGGACACAUGGUAAAGGCUCCAGAUCACCAAAGAAUUUCAUCAAAAGAGGCCGAGAACGUUGGGCCUGAUGGGGAGAUGACCUUGGCACAUGAUGCUUCGGCAUCAGGAGGGUUGAGGGUCUCUUCUGACGGUUCAACACCUCAGACCUCUGCUCAUUUUCAACCAUAUUAUUUGCCUCACCAUGGAGUUCUACGUCUCGACAGCUCAACAACGAAACUCAGGGUUGUAUUCAACGGAUCAAAAGCUACGACAUCAGGCAAAUCAGUCAACGAUUUAAUGCAUACUGGUGUUAAUUUGCUCUUGAAUGUUACAGAUGUUCUAAUUUGGCUUCGCCAUUAUCACCACAUUUUUGCCACAGACAUCACAAAAAUGUAUCGCCAGGUAGCAGUUCACAAGGAUGAUUGGGAUCUCCAGCGAAUCCUUUGGAUCGAUGAAGACCGCAAUGUCAUCCCUUACCAGCUCACAACUGUCACGUACGGUACAAAGGCGGCUCCCUUCCUGGCGACACGAGCACUCAUGCAACUUGUUCACGAUGAGGGUCAUCGAUUCCCUCUGGCAACGCCCUCGCUCACACAUGGCAGAUAUGUGGACGAUAUCUUUGGAGGAGCAGACUCAAUUUCGGAACUUGUGGAGGUCGCUCAACAGCUGAUUGCAUUGUGCAACGCGGGCGGAUUUCCACUCGCAAAAUGGCAUGCGACUCACCCAGAUCUUCUACGGGCUGUUUCGUCAUCCACACAAUCGUCAGCUCCCAUAUCAUUUGACGACUGCACUACCAAAUUACUCGGUAUUCAAUGGAUGCCUCAAACCGACAAUUUUGGCUUUACAUCCACGAUCACAGAUCAACCAAGUAAGUCCUCAAAACGCCUCGUAUUGUCCGAAGUGGCUCGGAUAUUUGAUCCAUUAGGUUUCGUCUCACCGGUAAUAGUACAAGCAAAAAUGCUAUUACAAAAACUCUGGCUACACAAAAUCAAUUGGGACGACCCAUUACCGUCUCAAAUUGUAUCACGAUGGUUCAUCAUCAGAGAAGAUCUCAACAGCUUGGCCAAGCUAUCGAUCCCAAGAUGGUUCAACACAUGGAGCAAUUCAAUUGUAGAAAUUCAUGGAUUCUCUGAUGCUUCCCAACUUGCCAUGGCAGCGGUGAUUUACAUCACCGUUAACUCUCCGUCCAACAACUCAACGACGUCACUUGUCUGCUCCAAGACAAAAGUUGCACCACUGAAGAGGCUCACAAUACCAAGAUUGGAGUUAUCUGCAGCACUCCUAUUGGCAAAACUCACAAAAUAUGUUCAAUCAACGCUCAAGGUAAAGAUCAAUCCAACGCACCUGUGGACGGACUCUCAAGUUUCGCUCAUAUGGAUCAAAUCGCAAGCAUCACGUUGGAAGGAUUAUGUUCGAAACAGUCAUUCAGAUCCAAGACCUCACUCCAAAUGCGCAUUGGAGGCAUGUUCCAGGUACUUCUAA